GUUUGUCUGUCUUUGUCCAAGGUUUUCAUGAACUUCGCGAGUUGUGCCACUCUUGACCGCAUUUCUGAACUGUGCUACUUUUCGCGGCAAAUCGUGAGUUGUGCUAGUUUUCGUUUGGAAAUUUCAACUGCGCUAGUCUUCGUACGGUGUCGCUAGGGUCCCAGCAAACUUCGAUAUCGUUAACGUGCCUAUAGCGAUUUGGUCACAUGCUCGUACCACAGUGGAAAAGUUUUGUUGCAAUGUAAACGAAAAAAUUACAACUCACUGGAACACUGGAACUAUCUCAAAUUGCAGGCAAUCGACGAUCUACAAAUAAAGAAAAAAUUUCGUUUCCGCAAACACGUCAAGUUGGCAAAUACAAAGCAAACAUCGACUGACGUAGUAUCGACGAAACGAAGAGGCUGAAACAAAGCGUCCAACCGACGAUAACGUGAUAGCCUCCCCCUCUACAAUGUGCGGAAUUCGGGAUACACUUUAGGAAGUCAUUAAUUAUUCUCGCGGCGACCAUCAAAUUGAAGGAAUUUCGUAUAAAUAGAAGGAUUAUCGGGCGAAACAGCAGCAUUCGCCUCUUCUUCGGUUCCACAAACGGAUCAAGCAAUUCCGACAAAAAAUGGCAGGCAUCAAGUUCGUUCUCGGCGCGGCACUUCUCGUCGUCGUAUUCCAAGAAAUCCACGGACACGGAAAGCUCAUGGAGCCGGUGAACAGGUCCAGCGCCUGGAGGAAGGGAUACAAGACCCCGCCGAACUACACCGACAACGAGAACUUCUGCGGCGGCUUAGGAGUCCAGAAUCAGAACGGAGGCAAAUGCGGACCUUGCGGAGACAACUACCGCGAGCCUCAGCCGAGAAAGAACGAGAACGGAGGAGUCUACGGAACUGGCACCAUCGUUAAGACCUACCAGAAGGGCCAGCGCACAACCAUCGUCGUGAACCUGUCUGCCAACCACAUGGGCUACUUCCAGUUCGCUGUCUGCCCACUCAAGGGAGCCAACGACAUCGAGACCGAGGAGUGUUUCGACAAGUACCCAGUCAUGCUAGCCAACGGUUCCGACAAGUUCCCCGUAAAGAGUGGCGUCAACGGUGACUUCAGCAUCGACGUAGUUCUGCCGACUGGUCUGACCUGCGAGCACUGCACCUUCAGGUGGCACUACCGUACCGGCAACACCUGGGGAAUGUGCGAGAACGGCAAAGGAGCGCUUGGCUGUGGACCCCAGGAAACCUUCAGAAGCUGUUCUGACAUCACCAUCCAGUAAAGAUUUGGCUAUAGACUUUAGCCGCAUCGGUCGAUAAAUUGUUGAAGUUUUUUGUUAAAUGUUGUAUUGUUAGAUGUUAUAUUUGAAUAAAUUAUUUUAUUGUUAAA